AUGGAAAAUGGAGAAGUCUACCCGGCUGCCGUUCGCCGCUCAAUACAAUCGGAGACGGUACCAUUCAUAACACGCUCCUCGCUGGCAAUUGUAGACGACUUUCUCAACACAUCGGCGCCACGCUUUGCCCAUAUUCCACCGUCGAAGCUUCAGAUUACCACCUUCAGGGACACCAUCAUCCCCAUGCCCCAUAUCAUACGCUCAAUAACGGCAGAUCCUCCUGCCGCCAUGAGACACCUCGUCAGCUUGUUUGCGGCAGAGGAAGUUGAAGGGGCUUUGGUAAGGAUCAGAGGGGCCGAGAUGAAGACGCGCAUCUCGGCAGCCCAGCCGAAGCCUAUGAUUGCUGCGGCCCCCAUGUAA